UGAUUGAUGGUACAAUAACUAGUUCACCAAUCAGUACUCUUGUUUUAGACAAAUUUUAGUACUGCUCGAGCAAUGUGGAUGUUUGAAUUUAUCUGGAAAUGAUCGGCUGUGCUCAAUCUUGCUUGUGGUCCACUAAGCUUGGGUUUGAAGGGUUAUCGGAAGUUGUCAUCGAGUCCGCCAUGUUAUACUCUGUUUUCUGCGUGAUUCUUAUAGUUUCCACUGCGUCGAAUUCUGACGGCGUCUCGAAUCUAUUCAACUUAUCCAUUACCAGUGUUCAGGGCAUUUCUCAACUGCUCAUUAUCAUCUGCGUAGCACGGGGGCGGGCAAUCACACGCGAGUGGUCGACCCGCGUUACUGCAACAUCUGCAGCGCCUACGUCUAUAGUAUUUUUGUCAGAUAUAACAGAUGGAGUCGACAUGGAGCGAAUGGACACUCCAGAGCAGGAUGGCGUACCAUUGUAUUCUGUUCAGUCGGCGAAGGCAGCCAAAGCUGAAGUGUGUAUGACAUGACCUUGACCUGGUGUAACGCUAGUUUAUUUAUGUAUUGUACUUCAUUUACACUUGCUACUAGAGCUUUCGAAAGCCUUUGCCAUUACGGUGGGGAUCACCUAUCAUUAUGCACAAUUUCAUGGACAAUUGACUCAUCGUCAGCUCAGAAGCAGAAUUUCAAAUUACCCAUCUU